AUGUAUUCAUUCUUUCUUUCUUUUAUUUUUUUACCGUCUUAUUCAUUAUUGCCUCAUUCUUUUCUUUUAGUUGUCGACUUGCUUUCACCCUGUCUUUCUUUAGUCAUUUCGUUCUUUCUUUCUUUUUAUUUUUCUUCCGUCUUCUUCCUUAUUGCCUCAUUCAUUGCUUUUCCCUCCUUUUCUUUAGGACUUGCUUUCAUACUCUCUUUCUUUAGUCAUCUCCUUCUUUCUUUUUAUUUUUCUUCCGACUUGCUUUCAUACUCUCUUUCUUUAGUCAUCUCCUUCUUUCUUUCUUUCUUUCUUUCUUUUUAUUUUUCUUCCGUCUUCUUCCUUAUUGCCUCAUUGAUUGCUUUUCCCUCCUUUUCUUUAGGACUUGCUUUCAUACUCUCUUUCUUUAGUCAUCUCCUUCUUUCUUUCUUUCUUUCUUUCUUUUUAUUUUUCUUCCGUCUUCUUCCUUAUUGCUUCAUUCAUUGCUUUUUCCUCCUUUUCUUUAGGACUUGCUUUCACCCUGACUUGCUUUCACCCUCUCUUUCUGUAGUCAUUUCCUUCCUUCCUUCUUUCUUUCUAUUUUUUCUCUUCUUAUUCAUUGUUGCCUCAUUUUUCCCUUUUUUUCUCCUUUUUUCAGUGCUUGCUUUCUGUCUGUCUUUCUUUAAUCCAUCUAUAUCUCUCUAUUUCACUAUAUCUUUCCUUCAUGCUAUCUCUCUCUCUCUCUCUUUAUUAGUGUCUCUCUCUGAUAUUGUAUCUCUCUAUAUCUCUACGCGGCUCUCUCUCUUUGUAUUUCUCCUUGAUGCUGCCCAUCUGUGUAUCUCCCCGUCUCUCUCUGUGAGUUUCUCUAUCUCUCACCUUAGGUCUGUGUCUCUUUCUACCUCUCUAUAUUUGUCUUUGACUCUCUCUGUCUUCCGUGGUUGCUGUCUCUGUUUAUCUCUCCCUCUAUUUGUAUCUUGGCGUAGUUUUCUCAGUGUCUAUCCUUUGAACUUGUCUCUCUAUUUCUCCAUGACAUUUUUGGGAUUUUACAUUACGCACUUCUACAUGACGAUCGCUAUCUCUCUGCUUCCGUCUGUCUUUCUCUUUAACUGCUCUCUCUCUCUCUCUCUCUCUCUCUCUCUAUUUCUCUGUAUCUCUCAGUGA